ACAUCUAAACUACAUCCAUAUGGCUCCAGAUUGGAUGUGGGAAAUAAGAAAUCUGUGCUCCUAGCUAACAUUUCACAGCUGUUGCCAGCGGGGUAACGGCCGGAGAAGAAGCUUGAACCCCUCCUACGGGAUAGCCAAAGUGUCGCUGGACUCUUCACACUUUUAUUCAGAAAGUUGACACUGAAGGACGAUCAUGCCCUCGUCUAAAUAGCUGUGGUGGAGGUCGAGGAUGGCCGCAGACGUAGAUAAAAGAAACCUGGAGCAAGAGAAAAAGAUUUCGCCGCAGAAUGGGCAGCAGAUCCCGGGCUCCAGAUCCUGGAUCUACAAGAGGAUGUGGACUCUGCUGGUCGUCUGUGCUGUUCCUCUAUUCGCUUUUGGGAUAAAGUACUACCAAGAUGCCCAGCUCCUCAAACGUCAUGAAGAGAGUGUUCGGACACUGGGUGCCGAGGGGUUUUUUCUGUUCUCCUCCUUAGACACCGACCAUGAUCUCUAUCUCAGUCCGGAGGAGUUUAAACCCAUUGCAGAGAAACUCACAGGGAUUACAACCCCAGUGGAUUUUGAAGAGGAAGUGAUCCAUGACCCCAACGGGGAGACUUUGACCUUGGAAGCUAAAAUGCAGCCUCUCCUGCUCGACUCCAUGACGAAAAGCAAGGAUGGUUUUCUUGGAGUUUCUCACAGCUCUCUGAGCGGACUGCGGUCUUGGAAGAGCCCAGCAGUGCCUUCUUUGUCCUUCUCUGCCAGCCAGUUCAGGGUGUUCCUGCCCCCAAAGAACAAGAUAGAAGUGGGUGACACAUGGUGGGUGAUCCCCAGCGAGCUCAACAUUUUCACUGGAUACCUGCCCAAUAACCGUUACCACCCUCCCACACCAAGGGGCAAAGAGGUUCUCAUCCACUCCUUGUUGAGCAUGUUCCACCCUCGGCCCUUCAUCAAAUCCCGCUUUGCUCCUCAAGGCACAGUCGCCUGCAUCCGAGCCAGCAACGACUUUUAUUAUGACAUCGUCUUCAGGAUUCAUGCAGAAUUUCAGCUCAAUGAUAUUCCAGAUUUUCCCUUCUGGUUCACACCAGGCCAGUUCACUGGCAACAUUGUCCUCUCUAAAGAUGCUUCUCAUGUCCGCCACUUCCACCUCUAUGUCCCCAGUAACAAAUCUCUGAAUGUAGACAUGGAGUGGCUCUACGGCGCCAGUGAGAGCAGCAACAUGGAGGUGGAUAUCGGCUACCUGCCACAGUUAGAGCUCCGGUCCACAGGACCAUCUACUCCCUCCAUCAUCGUGGAUGAGCAGGGUAACAUCAUUGACAGUCGUGACGGCAGCAGCGAGCCCAUCCAAUUUGUCUUUGAGGAAAUCCACUGGACCUCAGAGAUCAAUCGGGAGGAAGCUGCUCGCCGCCUGGAGGUUACCUUCUACCCCUUUAAGAAGGUGUCAUACCUGCCUUUUUCUGAGGCUUUCGAGCGAGCUGAAGCAGAAAAAAAACUGGUGCAUUCCAUUCUGCUGUGGGGAGCUUUAGAUGACCAGUCCUGCUGAGGUUCGGGGCGAACUCUCCGGGAGACAGUCCUGGAAAGUUCGCCCGUCCUCGCCUUGCUCAACCAGAGCUUCAUAAGCAGCUGGUCUCUGGUCAAAGAGCUGGAGAACCUGCAGGCUGAUGAGCAAAACCCUGCGUUGAGUGAAAAGGCCCGCUUACACCUUGAAAAGUACAGUUUUCCUGUGGAGAUGAUGGUGGCUCUGCCCAAUGGAACCAUUGUUCACCACAUCAAUGCCAACUUCUUCUUAGAUCAAACGGCCAUGAAGCCAGAGGAGGAAGGAGCAACUUUCAGCUUCUCUGGCGGCUUUGAAGAUCCCUCCACAUCCACUUACAUCAGCUUCCUGAAAGAGGGCUUGGAGAAAGCUGAGGAGUACCUGGCACAGUAAUGUGUGUGUGUGUGAGUUAAACUGGAGGAAAUGAAUCGUUCCUCUGGGUAAAUGAUCCAAGAUAAGGAAAACCCACCAACGAUUAUGUGGCGUUUCUCUGUGUUGGCAGCUGCCUUCUAUCUUCUUUGCUACUAUUUAUUUGGACGAUUCUCUUGAUUUAAAAAUUUUUUAUAGUAUUUGUAUUGUGACUAGUAUAAAUCCAAAGGCCUUUCACACUGAGCAGUAACAAAUACAAUACGUAAUGGAUUUAAACCUGCUCUUUAUGCUUGUAGCUGCUGAAUAACACUGCUAUGAAAUACAGAUGGAGGCCUACCGAGUCAGCUUAGUGCAUUUACAACCCAGUAUAAUAUUCAUUCUUUUCUGUAGUGGUGUUACAUGUGCAGUAUUUGACUGAACGAGCUUCUCUGCUGCUGAGUGUGCCCAGAGAUGGGGCUGGUGCUGUUUUCCUCCAGCUGUGUUUCAGCAGUUAGUGAAGGCUUUGCCUGAAAGCUCUCCCCGAGCUGGCCAACGCCUGAUGUUCUUGUUGAGGCUUCUGGGGGGGAAACACCCUUCUCUGACUCAGGGAACAAAAGCAGCAGGAGGAACUAAAUACUGGACUGCAGAACAUAAAAUGAAUCAGAUGUUGUCCACAGUUACUUUUAAACCAAAUGUGAAAAUCUGUUCACAGGAAGAUGUGACCACACCAAAGAAAUUUUUUUUUUUUCACUAUGUAGUAUUUGGUAUAUGUCAGAAUUGAAAAAUUGUUGGAUUCUUGGAGAGAUUCUAAAUAGGCAAAUGAUUUGCUUUGUGUCAUUAGCAAGGAAAAAAAUCUCUCCUCUCCUCCCAUCAUAUAAAGAGGUUUGUGUCUUCAAGUCCUAAUUUUAAGAACAGAAGAGCCCAAUGAUCUCACACACACAGCAUUACACCCAUGUGAAGUCUUCCUGCUUGGAGCUUUUACAGGGAAAAACUGUUCUUCUGUGACCUACCAGUGCAAUUUUUUUUUUCACUUGUAUAAUAAAGACAUUUUUAAAAUAAAAAG